AUGGCAUAUGAUCGCUAUAUUGCCAUUUGCCAUCCACUGCACUAUGAGAUGGUGAUGAAUUGGAAAUAUUGUGCUGAAAUAAUUUUUCUAGUGUGGGUUACAGGUAUUCUUUAUGGAAUUUUGCAUACCAGUGGCUCUUUUUCCAUCCAUUUUUGUUCUAAUGUGGUCAACCAAUUUUUCUGUGAAAUUCCACAAUUGCUAAAACUAUCCUGUUCUGGCUUAAAACUAAUUGAGGUUGGAGUUCUAGUAUUCAGUAUCAUUGUUGGAUUAGAUUGCUUUACUUUUAUAGUUAUAUCUUAUGUAGUGAUCUUUAAGACUGUGUUAAGAAUCCCUUCUGAAAAAGGAAGGCAAAAAACCUUAUCUACUUGUAUUCCCUAUCUUACGGUAGUAUCUAUGUUAUUAUUAAGUUCAUGCAUUGGCUAUCUGAGACCUUCCCCUUAUACUCCAUCUUAUUUAGAUAUUGGAUUGACUGUUCUGUAUGCCCUCCUUCCACCCCUGUUCAAUCCAAUCAUCUAUAGCAUGAGAAAUAAGAAUAUUAAAUGUGUCCUUUCUCAGCUGUGGAGAUUCUGA